GGAGGAUUCAGUUUCAAAAGGUGAAGAGAAGCUGGGAAUUAAGAAGGAGGAAGCAUUUUUUGCUGCAGGUCUGAGAAAGGGCAGACUGGCAUGGAGAAAGAGAAGUUCCAGCAGAAGGCUCUGAAGCAAACUAAGCAGAAGAAAUCCAAGUCGGCUGAAUUUCUGAUGGUAAAAGAAGAGAGAGCAGCAACAGAAGGCAUUGAAAAUCCAGCUUUUAACAUCAGCAGCACAGAUCUUUCAGCGUAUCAGCCUUCAGAAGAGAAACUUAUUAGACAUGACAAGCCAGAUAGCACCCUUGCAGCUCACCAACAAAAACUCGGGCUGCAAGCCCAUGCUGAACCAAGAGGAAAUGAAUACAGCAGAAAUUACUUUGACCCGCUGAUGGAUGAGGAAAUAAACCCAAGGCGGUGUGGGAUGGAGGUCAGUGAAGAAGAUCCUGUAAAAUCUGAUGAACAAAUCCUGUACUCUAAACUGAUGAAGCUACUAGAUGAAGAAAACAAGAUGCUGGACUUCCAAGCAGCCCAUGUCAUCAGUGAAGAUUUUCCAGAAUCCGUGAUGCCUGUCAGCUCCAGUAAGGCAUGUGACCUUCACAGGGAGCUUGAAGAUGAAGAGAUCCCUUCAUAUAUUGAACAGUUUGAGAGAGAUGUUCAAGAUGACAUAAUUCUGCUUGGCAGCUUUUCACUGGAACAGCACCACAAGGAAGUUUCUCACCGCAAGAAACAAAAGUGGAGAGCCAGGAUUCAUGAACUCCUUCAAAGAUUGGGAAGUCAGCCAGUGAAAACAGAAGAGAAUGAAAAGGAAGAAGAAAUGAUAGCCAGCUUUGGUAACCUUGCAAGUGUGAAUAUUGGAUUAAAUGGAGCAGCAGCAGGGCCUUGUGAGAAGGUUGACUACUCCAAGAAGCCUCAGUCAAUAGAAAUUCACAUCAAAUGCCUGAGGGGAGUCAAAGAUAAGGUCCCUAAAGGCCACUACACUCUCAAAGUUCGUGUUCUGAGCCGCUUAGGUGGUGGCUUAGUGGAGAGACCUGAACUGAAGGAACAGCCUCAGGCCAGGACAACGCAGCCUGUUACUCAUGAUGGAAACUUCUACAACACUGAAAUCUACUUUGGACAAAGUAUCCAGACAGUUCUACCACACAGAAAAGCUAUGAAGCCAGGAAUGGUACUCCUCUUUGAACUUUUCCUUCUUCGUGGCACUUAUGCUUGGAUUGAUCAAGAAGUAGGAUGGGGAGCUUUUCCCUUAUGUGAUAACAAUUUUAAUGCUUUGGAGGGAAAAUUUAAAUGUCCCUUCCUGAGAGGCCAUUACGACCCUAAAGUUGACAGAUUCAAAAAAAUUGAAAACUUUAUUUCUCAAGACUUGGAUCAUUGGUUAUGCAAUCUCUACUUUCAGAUAACUAAACUGCCACAGGAUUCAGAUAAGCAAAGUAAGUGUGAUAUGCAUCUUCAUCUCCCACCUGAACUUCACAUGUAUUCAAGUGUUGCUGAAAAGAAUGAUGUCCCAGAGAGGGUUGUACGGUCUGGACCACAAGGGCAACCUCUGACCUCCCCAAAAGAUCCUGACACCCAUAAGGGAAGUAUUCCCACUGUUGUAAAGGAAGUGGAAAAACAGUUUAAUGCAGCAAAAGGAGGAGAAGUGUGUGUGUCAGAAGAAGCUGGGAGGAAAAGAGAAGAGCUUAAAAUGCUUCCAGCAGAGGAUUACCAAGAUUUCCAUGGCAGUGCAGAUGAGCACUGUGACUUGUUUUGGCCAAAGGAAGUCCAAGGAGGACAUCACAAGAUCAACUGCAAUAACCCACCUGACCAACAUCAUGAAGAAAGAUCAGGUCCUGAGAACAAUGGAAGCCAAGAAGAAGAAAAAACAUCUGUAGGGAGCAAUUUGUACUUGGAAGAGUUAGAGAAGUAUACUUUUUCGGUGUGCUGCCAUUCUGCUGCUGAAGUGAAACUGUACCGGCAGGUUGUGGAGCAUUUCCAUUUUGUGGCACAUACAGUCUUUUCAGAGCUGGGAGCCACACACUGGCGCUCCAGGGACUUCUGGCUGCUCGCACUGCUAGUAGUUUUGCUUUGGUUCGUGAGACUUUACCUGCAUUAUUUGAGCCAAUGGCUCUUCCUUCAGACCAUCUCCGUACCUGUUACAAAAUUCCAGCUCUUUCCUCACACUGUUGAACUGUGUUACCAGAACUCAUUGCUGCACACCAGUGAAGAGUUGGUCAUGGUUGUGGUGGGACCCCUAACCUUGAAUGCAGGGCUGCUUCUUAUGGUCCUGAUCAGAUGGGGCUGUCAGCAGCUGUUUGAUUCAUUCCCUUCCUUCUUGUCAAAGUUUAUCAUAGCUAUGGGACUAUGGACAGUGCUAGACCCCUUGGCAGUGUUAGUAGUGGAUUCAUUCCUGAGGCGAUUUGGGAACAGUGUAGACAAACCAAUUGCUGAUGCUGCAAAACUCUCCUGGGUCUUUCUAAGAGCUGAGGAGUCAGGGGUUCCUGGUGCUUUAAUCACUGUGAUGCUUUAUACAGUCCUGUUCAUGAUCUCGUCGACAGUAUUGUACCUGUAUUUUUUAAGGCUACAUAGCGAAGGUUGGCUGUUGGAUGUAUUUCGACGUAUUCAUGGUGAGGAAGGCACAUUCUUUAUUCCACUGGAUUUAGAGAUUUCCAGUCAGGAGCUCAGCUACAUUAUGAAGAGGGCUGAGCAGUGGAGAGGAAUCAACGGUGAAAGACGGAUGGUGGCAGUGUCUGAUUACAUCUGGAAGGACCACGCCAGCCAGCCUGAUGUCUCCAGCUGUGACCUCCAGCACCAGGAUGAAAUCCCUGACUCUGCAGCCAGCUUGAAAGGUAGCACCACUGUUCACGUCUCUGUGUAUACCGUUCACCUCAGCGGCCUCCGGGAGCUCUACAGGCACUUCCUCCGGCUGCCUGAUGGGGCUAUCAUUGAGGCGUUUGGUGAUAUUAGUGAAGAAAGUCUUUUGUGUAAUGAAAUGAACACAGCCCAGGAGCGCAUAAGUGAAAUGGACAAUGUUCUGUUUACAUCUACACGCAUCAAGCUGAGGAAGAAGAAAAAGAGUACAGCAAGGUGGAAAAGUAUUAUGAUUAGUAUCUGUACCUAGCUGAAGAACACUACUGAUACCUAAGCAUAAAAUGAUGGGAGGGAUAGAAGAAAACAAAUAAUCUGAAAAUAUGGUUUCUCUUGGGAAGACUAGGGUGCAAUCAGUUAGAGCUGAAAUUUCACAGCUGUAUUUUCCAGUGUGUCUUCAUCCUUGGGUAGUUUCAUUGUCUGUGUCCUGUUUAGUUUUCCAAUGCCCUCUGGGGAGUGAAGUUCAGUUAAAAGCACCUUGUGUUACUUUUAAAUCCACAGUAAUGUUGUCUGCUAACAGAGAAACCUUGGAAAGUUCACUUGAGCACACAAGACAAAUUAUUUUUAGGAAAAACUGAUCAAUUUAUUUUAUGGGUUCUUGCUCCAAUAUCAGUCUUGUUGGGAGAGGGAGGUCAUACUUUGUCAUUGGUAUAUUUACAUAAUGUCUAUCUCUGCAUCCUUUUUUCUAAUCUUCAGGAAAUCCAGUUGUCUCUGACAAGAGCUAGUUCCUGCAGUCAUGCAUAUUCCAUGAAGUUGUUUCCAUCCUGAUCCACAUCCAUGGUAUGGUUACUGUCUGAUAGGGUUUAUGUUUCUGACAACCACAUCUCUGUAUGUAAAGUGUUAUCCUGCAAAUGCUCCAUUUGUAGCUCUUCUGUGAUUCAACAAGCUUUGCAGUGUGGUGAGCUCAUGGGAUCAGAUCACAGAUCAUGCAAACAUUAUUAUUUCAUAUGAUUUUUUUUCCUUCCAAACUGUGGAACACUCCUAAAUUUCUCAGGUUUGCUUGCUCCUGCUUUUUCAAGUUUGCUUGUACCUGCUAGCUGUGGUGGGGAAAAUGUUGCUUAUUUGUCUUUCAAGUUUCAUGACUGAAACAUUAACAGCAUUUUCAGUAAUUAUUCAAAGCACAACACGAUUGUAAUUACAAGACUGCAAAAAUGCCCAGAAGAGGAACAAUGAUGGCUUCAUCUUCCAGUUCUGUAACCAAGUCCCAACAGGUUGCAAAAUUUACAAGAUCCCAGAGACCAUUCUUCUGAGGUCUUCAUGAUAGCCAUACCUGCUUCCCCGGGAGCUACAGAAGCUUAAAGCAACCUGGAGGUUAUCCUCAUGCUUUCUUAGCAGUAUUAAAGUUUUGCUCAUUGGUUUGAACCAGUUAGUGCCUAUUCUAUUUAGCUCCAUACAAAUGCAUCAGAAAUUAAGUCCAUGCCACAAAGGCAAGAACUAUGAGAGACAACAGAAGGAGAAGAUGGGAAGGGGAACACAGGCAAGAAAGGUGAAAUCAUUUGUGCAAGGCCACCAAAAUCAGAGGCAUGUGUAGAAAUAUAGGGCAAACUGCCAGUGCCCUAACUCUUGGUCUUCCCUGUGGUAGGAUCCUUUUUGUUCUGAAAAUGCAGUUGGAAAAGGGAAGAGUCUCACUUUACUGCUAUUUUGAAUCAUUUAUGUAGAAUGCUGUAAUCUAUUAACUUAGUAAUCAGUGACAUUUUUCUAGCAUGUGUGAUUUUCUGGUGUCCCUUUGUUCACUCUGGUACGGGACAAAUUUUUCAGAUCCACUUACCUUUGCAAGAUCUUACCCAAUAUAUUGAGCAUUGUUGAUUAAUUUUGUUACUUAAAUCUAUGAUUCUCAUCCACCUGAAUAAUCAGGAAAUUACAUUAGGUAGUAACCUGAACAAUCAGGAAAUUACGUUAGGUAGUAACCUGAACGUUUAAAUGUCACUCCUGAGAACAGUUUUUCUUUGGGUUUGCAAGAUAACAAUCUGGUUUCCAAUUUUUUUUUCUGGUUUAUUUUUUUUUCCGGUUUAUUUUUUUUUCCCCCGAUUUAUUUGUGUGCAUGUGCAUGUGUGUGGUUAUUUUAUGAGUUACACUCAGACAGAAAUGGUGUUUGAAUCUUCUGAAUAUUUACAAGAACUGAUGCUAUUUGUGUGGUUUCUAUUGCAUCAAAUAUUACUUGGAUGACUUCUCUCUGUCAUAACAGGAAUAAAAUUGCCUUUUUAAUGUUUGCUUUGCCUGUUGACCCUUUAAACCGCUGUACAUAACUUUGAAAAAGAAACUAACUGAAAAGAAAUCAUUCAGUCUCAGAAUUUUUCUGUGGGUUUUUUCUGCCUGAGCAGCAUUGCUCUUUUCACCAAUUACACCAGAUUUUGGGGUAAUACCAGUUACCCCACAAUAAUUAAUGACACACGCAAUAUGGUGGAGGCUGCUGGGAUUGCCUGUGUUCAUGACUGUCCUGUGCUGUGACUUAAGAUCAUGAUCUGUAACCUAUUCCAGUUUCUGGGCCGCUGUACCAAGAAGACAGCAUCAUACUAUGUGCAUCAUACUAUGUGCAUCUUCUUGGCCUCAGUUUUGUCUUUCAACAUGACUGACUAUAAUGGUAAAAAUCCCUUUGGGCAAUAUUAGUACCCCAGGUUUCCCACUACUGAGUUAUGAUAUCCCAAUCUGGUUCUGUGAGAUUUUGACUUCAGUGUUGGUAAUACAGUGUUGGUAGUUAGUCUGAUGGCAGGACUGACUUUAUUUGCGGAACCACCAUACCUUCAGUUCUAAUAGGAUUGUGCUGACUUUUUAGCAAAUGUGGAUCUGGUCCUGAGAUCCGCAUGAGGGACUUGAUUGACCACUUUUAUUCCCUCAGUUAUACUGGAAUAUCUACACUGACUUUCAUCUGAUCUGGGAUGUGAAAUUCUGUAAUUACAUAUUUGUGAAAGAUGAAUUUAAAGUAUGCUUAAAUAUUAAGUAGAUCUACCUUACUUUUUUUCCCAGAAAAUGUAACAUCCUUCCUAUUAAUUUUGAUUACUUACAUCCCACGAGUUCCCAUGAUUGUUGGUCAAUAUACAGUGGGUGGCAUUGGCUUUGAAAUUGUUUGCUGAAGUGCUCUUAUCAGCAAGACCAUCCAUAAUGCUCAGUUAUAGCUGGAUAGUAAUUGCCUGUCUAUGCAGUGUUCCUUUACAACAGUUUUCUCCUGUGUAGCUAUAUAUAUGUAGUCAUUACUGAAAAGUGUAAAUAAAGAAUCCUUUUAGUGGUGUAGUUUCCCUGGGUACCUACUGUGCUCUUAUUAUCUAAAACAUACUCCCCAUCUGUAGUUCUGUUCUAUUAAAGGAUAAAGACAUAACUAUGAAUUAAAAAUUAAAAUGCUUGUUGCAGAUUGGAGAGCAAGGUCUAAUAGAAUAUAUCUGGUGCUAGGCUCACAGUACAGUAGAUAGAUUACACUAAGCACCAGUUAAGCAAGGGGAUGAAAAAUGAGUGAUUUUCAUCAUUCAGUUAAAUAUAGUGCUAAGUGGUAUGUGCUAGCAUUAAAAGCAAAUUACUUAGCACUUCACCAAUCACAGCAUGAGAGCAUUCCAUUGGAAACAGUAUUUCCAGUGAUACUCAGUCCUCAGUUUUAUUAAAUAAAUCAACUGUUAAUGCUUAAGGAAGCAGUAGAAGACAUAUUGUUAUGGUAAUAUAAAGAUUGAAAAUGUAAAAAUAAAGAGACACAGUACCUCAUUUUAAUUAAAUGUGCUAAGAAAACUUCCCUCUCUCUUAACAACAAAACUCCAUGGUGCUGGCAAAUCUGUAAUUUCCUGUACUUUUUUUAGGUCUUCCUUUCUUCCUAAUGAAUAUGACCUUUCUUUUUUUUUCUUCUUUAUAAUGACAUCUUUUUUUCUCAUAAAUCUGCUGACAUGUCACUGAACAUUUUGAUGAGCUUUUCUGAUUCCCUCCUAUAUCUCCUUGAUAGGAUAUUAUUAUCCAGUAAUCUAAAGAUAGGGAGCCUUAUCCUUGGCACAGGUACUUUUUGACUGCUCAGUUAAAGACAACGGAGAUGUGAGAAUUUACAGCACAAGAGGGUUUGACAUUGCAGCCUACCUUUAUAUCCCAUAGCAACAUUAUUUCCUCCACAGCAAUGGGCACUGGGAGACAGUAAAAUCUGCUGUCUGAACACACGGAAGAUGUGAGUAGUUGUAAACCUUCCUGAAUUUCAGACCAUUCCUAAGCCACCGACUCCUCCUAAACAAGAGUCAUCUAUUAGGAGCUACACAGCUAAAGUCCUGGGAAUGACACAUGUGGAAGAUGGUCCAAAGUCUGAGCCACAGACUUACUUCACCAGCAUGAUCAAAUAUUAGUAGAAGAAAAAAAUUAAAGUUCAGGUAUAAAAAUUACAAGAUUGGGGAGCCUAUGCAUGAAGUUAUCUUGAGUCCUUCAUUUCACCCCAGUGCCAUUCUAUGUGGAAUCCUAUUUUGAGUUUUCUUUUAUGACUAGGUUUGAAAGCUAUUUUCUAUGUAAAGUCUAUGGUGUUUGUCUGAGAUAGAGUUAAUUUUCCCAUAGCGGCCCUCACAGUGCUGCCCUUUGUAUUGGUAGCUAGAAGGGUGUUGAUAGCACACCAUGGCUGUUGCUAUUACACAUCAUGGUUAUUAUGUAUAUUGCUAAGCCAUGCUCACACACCAUCAGAACAGUCUCUCCAACAUUCUCCUGUUCACUAGUAGGCUGGGGAUGGGCAAGAAGUUGGGAGGGGACACAGCUAAGACCGCUGAGCCAAACAGAUCAAAGGGAUAUUCCAGACCAUGUGAUGUCUGCUCAGCAAUAAAAGCUAAGAGAAAGGAUGAGAAGAGGAUGGCAUUCAUUAUUUAUGACAUUUGUCUUCUGGAACAACCACUACAUCUACUGAAACUCUGCUUCCCGAGAAGUGGCCAGACAUCACCUGC